GUUACCUACAGCCCGUCAAUCAAAAUAGAAAAAAAUUCUGACAGUUAUCACCCAUUUCUACGCGUGUACAAUCAAUUUUAUUUGCUGAUCAUGUCCGGCGACUUGUGACUAUCAGGACUCUCCGUUUCACGACUAGUCACGCAAUGACUGCCCCAGAACAGCCGAUGAAAUCAGUGGAUAUGGCUGCCUUGGACGUGGACAGCAGUCAAAGCGACUUUCUGCAGCUGGAGGAAGGCAAGGGCAAUCAGGACACUCAGCCAUCAUCCCUCGACCUACUAGCAACUACCUGCACUAAGGUUGGGUCACCAUCGUCAGAGGUGGACAGAGGUGCUGCCGCUGAUGUGACAUCAGACCCAUCUACGCAGCUUACUGGGACUGAGAAAUGGGAGGUGUUAACCCCCACAACAUCAGCAAAAGAUGAAUCUGGAAUGAUACAGAUCCAAAGUCAAGGAAUAUUAACAUCAAAUGGACAGUAUGUUCUUCCUCUCCAGAACUUACAGAGUCAGCCAAUCUUUGUGACGUCGGGAACGGACACCUCCUCUGCCAAUUCAGUGCCUAACAUCCAGUACCAAGUAAUUCCUCAGAUUCAGACAGCAGAUGGACAGCUGAGCUUCUCCACUUCCAGCGUGGAUGGAGCGACUCUGACUCAGGAUGCCACGGGGCAGAUUCAGAUCAUACCUGAUGGUGGCCAGAGUCUCAGUGUGACAUCAGCUGCAAAUAUCCUUAAUAACAACCAGAACCUCAUGUCACAGACUGGUAAUAUCCAGCAGAUCCAGGGGGUUUCUAUUGGCAGCUCCACCUUCAACAGCCAGGGUCAGGUUGUUACUAAUGUGCCUGUGAGUUUGCCUGGGAACAUUACUUUUGUUCCUAUAAACAGUGUGGACUUGGACUCCCUUGGCCUGUCUGGUGCUCAGACUAUAGCGACAGGAGUCACUGCUGAUGGCCAGCUAAUUAUGGCGAGUCAGCCCAUGGAUGGCUCAGAGAGUCUGGCGAAGACAGAUAAUCACCUCUCGCAGACACUACCAAUCAAUGACUCGCAUGCAAAUCCUGAGAUAUUUGUGCCAACGUCUUCCUCUCAGCUACACAUUUCAGCAAAUGAAUCAGGCCUGAUGACACAAGACACAUCAUUGUCAUCAGGGGCUGCAGAGCAAGCUGACUCAAGUUCUGGUCUCCAGGAGGGCUUCAUCCAACAGAAUCAGGAGCAGAGCGUCCAGGUGUCCUCAGCGCAGCCCAUCAUCCAGCUGCAGCAGGUGCCUAUUCAAACCACCAAUGGCCAGGUGAUCCAGUCAGUGGCGACAGGCGGGCAGAGCCUGCAAAACGUGCAGCUGAUCAACCCGGGAACCUUCAUCAUCCAAGCCCAGACUGUCACGCCGUCGGGUCAGAUACAGUGGCAGACCUUUCAGGUGCAGGGGGUGCAGAACCUGCAGAACCUCCAGCUGCCCACAACGCCACCCCAGCAGAUAACCCUGGCACCAGUCCAGACCCUGUCACUGGGUUCAAGCCCAGUCAGCAUCAGCACAGGGCAGAUACCUAACCUGCAGACUGUGACCAUCAACUCAGCGGCCCAACAUGAAGGAGACACAGACAACCCUGGAGACAUUCGGAUAAAGGAAGAGCCAGACUCUGGAGACUGGCAGUUGAGCACCGACUCUACCCUGAACACAAGUGAUCUGUCCCACCUUCACGUCAGGCUGGUGGAUGAUGAGGAUCAGUUGGGCCAGGAGGGCAAGAGGCUGCGCAGAGUGGCGUGUACUUGCCCCAACUGUAAAGAGUCAGGUGGGAGAGGAUCCGGCACAGGGAAGAAGAAGCAGCACAUCUGCCACAUUGCGGGCUGUGGGAAAGUAUAUGGAAAGACAUCGCACCUGCGAGCACACCUGCGCUGGCAUUCAGGGGAGCGACCUUUUGUUUGCAGCUGGAUGUUCUGUGGAAAGAGGUUCACACGCAGCGACGAGCUGCAGAGACACAGGAGAACACACACAGGAGAGAAGAAGUUUGUCUGCCCAGAAUGUUCCAAGCGCUUCAUGCGGAGCGACCACCUGGCGAAGCACAUUAAAACUCAUCAGAACAAAAAAGGCGUGAACUCUGGCAGCGCUGUGGUGGCCUCAAUGGAAUCCGCAGGGUCCUCAGACAGUAUCAUCACCACGGCAGGCGGGACCACCCUCAUCCUCACCAACAUCCAGCAGGGUUCCAGCGACGCCCAGGACAUCCUGGCCAACGCAGAGAUCCCUCUCCAGCUUGUCACCACGGUGGCGGCCAGUGAAGUCAUGGAGUGAUUUACACUCCACUUAUAUGAACUUCUGCAACCUCUCAUACUGUAUACUCCUACCUGCAUUUUUAUUCAAGUUUUGAAGAAAAACUAAAAUUAUAAAUAUAUAUAUGUAUACAUAUAUAUAUAUUUUAACACAGAAAAAGUCAGUCCAUGUCCGUACUCAGUUUAUACUGAGGAAACCAGUAGUGGAGACUAAAAGAAGAUGAAGACAUUGCAGUAAACACACAAGGAAAUGCCUUAUUUUGUACAAUAUUGUGUCAGUGGAAAUGUAGGAUGCCAUUUUGGUUCGAAUCUGCUUAUUUUUUGUUGUUUUGUUUUUCACAAAAAAUAAUUGGUAAGUCGAGCAAUUUUCUCCUCGCCUUUUUUUUCUUUUGAUGGUAUAUUCUUAAAAUGUCCUUGGUAAGCACGGUUUAUUCCUUUUGUGCAAAGACUAAAUCUCACAACAGAGAUCAUUUUAUCUAGUUGAAGUAAUGCUAUUGCUUACGUCCAUGCAGAUUUAUUCAUGUCAUGUUUUUUUUUUUUUAUAUUAUACAUUCUUUUUUCAGCUUUGCUCACACCUACUACAUUUUGCAGGUGAUAGUCAAAACAAUCAAAAUUUUGUAUUGUUAUUCCUGUUGAACAUAUACUGUUGAUAUGUUACACAUUAUUUGCUUAUUAAAUAUUUUGACUGAACAGCUAUUUAUAUUGGGCUUUACAUAGAAAAUCCAUUUGUGAUAUUGAAAGUCCAGAUUAUUUCAAAUGGCUCCAUUAAUAUGUGAUUUAAAUGUGUUUUUGUAAAACCUGUUUUACUGGACUUCAAAACAAAACAAAAACAUGCAUUGUCACAUGAAGAAAAAAAGCCAUUUACUUGGAGGUAAUUGCCAAAUUUGACUACAAACUCAGGGUGACUUGUGACUGUGUGAUAUAGGUAGAUUAAAUCAACCCUGUAGCUUUUUGGGCCAUGGUGGGGGGUUGUUGUGAAGAAAUGUUAUUUGAUGGACCAAAAGCUGAGGUGAAUUAAGCUGUCACCAUGUUACCUGUGUUCAUUGAAUCCAUGCCAGUUUUUUUCCUUUUGUUUUUUAAGUCACAACCCCUGUUCAUGUUAAAGAAACAGAAGCAGAAGUCUUCACCGGUAUUUUGCUCCGGUCCUAUCACGCAGCUGGAAAAUCAGUGUAUUCCUGAAAGCGGUACCCUUUUAACAGCACUACUCUCAUCAUUUUCAUCCUGUUGUUAAUCUCUUUGUAUAAAAAUGUUUUGUAUACAAAGAAACUGUCCUUUAUAUUCAUUGUCAGCAAAUGUACACUGUUUCUCUCUUUGAUACUUUUUCUUUAAGUGUGUUGCAUUGCCCUGUUCCAUAUUAUGUUGGGUUUUUUUUUUUAUUAUAUCUCUGAACCUCCUCCCCCAAACUGUUGAAUCGUUAAAUACACAUUUACACUGAACAGUGAAUUAUGGUGGUAUAGUUGGUUGAUUUUUUUUGUUUGUUUGUUUGUUUGUUUUGUGACAUAAUGAAAAUUAUGUGAUGUGAUCAUUUUUCCUAACAUGGACAUGUUGUCCUCUUCAGGAGACUAUAAUUUACCCUCUGAGUCAGAUGCCAUUAAACCAUUCAAAGAGCAUCUUUAUAUUAUGUACUAAACACUGAAGGUUUAUUCUCACUCAGAAAGUUUCUGUAUAAAUAUGUCAAUAUAACAUCAAUAUAAACUGUUCUGUUACACUUGAA